GGCUGGUGGUAAAAGAUGAACGACGGCGGAGCUAAGGCGGAGACGCUGCUGAGAAUUGCAGAAAUCGAAGGAAGAGGAAGAAGUUUAGUGGCGGCACAGCCUCUUCGUGCUGGACAAGUUAUCCUCAGAGAGUCUCCUCUCCUCCUCUACUCUGCUUUUCCCUUCCUCUCCUCUCCUUCUUCUCCUUACUGCGACCAUUGUUUCCGGCAGCUAUCUCAAUCGGCGCGGAAAUGUCAAUCUUGCUCCCUCGUCUCCUUUUGUAGUUACCGUUCUUGCUCCGCCUCUCACACUCCUUGGCUCUGCGAAUCUCUCCGCUGGAUUCACCAAUCAUAUUCCGCCGCGUUCUCCGAUCAACCUCCCGAACGACAAGUCCAAGCUCGUUUCCUCCUCGCCUCUUACGACCUCGCCGCCAAUUCUCCUUCUGAUUUCCAGUUAUUGCUCUCUCUCCAAGGUAACGGAGAUCCUGCUGAUUCCGCCGCAGUUAAUUUCCUUCAUUCUCUUUUAUCCGCCGUGUGUCCACCUAUUCCGGUUUCGUUCUCGCCGGAGAUCACGGCGGCUCUGCUGGCUAAGGAUAAAGUUAACGGCUUUGGCUUGAUGGAGCCGUUCUCUGUUUCGAAUGAGAAAAGAUCGGUACGCGCGUAUGGGAUUUAUCCCAAUACGUCGUUUUUCAAUCACGAUUGUCUUCCUAAUGCUUGUAGAUUCGAUUACGUCGACUCUGAUUCCGAUGGCAAUACCGAUAUCGUCAUAAGGAUGAUUCACGAUCUUCCUGAAGGAAGAGAAGUCUGUUUGAGCUACUUCCCUGUGAACAUGAACUACUCGAGCAGACAAAAGAGGUUGCUUGAAGAUUAUGGUUUCAAAUGUGUUUGUGAUCGGUGCAAAGUGGAAUCUAGUUGGUCGGAAGGCGAGGAAGAGGAAGAUGAGAACGAGGCUAUGGAAGAGAUGGAGGAUGAAGGUAAACAAGAAGAGAUGGAGGAUUUAGAGGGUGGAGAAGAGGAAGAAGAAGAAGAAGAAUCUAGUUUCCCUCACGCAUAUUUCUUUGCGAGAUAUAUGUGUGAGAAGGAGAAUUGUUUUGGCACUCUUGCUCCGCUUCCGCCAAAGACUCAUGAUGCUUCGAGGGUUCUUGAAUGUAACGUUUGUGGAAGCCUCAAGGAGGAUGAAGUUGGUGUUAAGCAAUGAGACUCAAGCUGGUUUUUGUGGUUGAUGCAGACAGAGCCAUAUAACAGGAGAUUUGUAUUGACCACGAGCUAAUGUUUGUUUCGAAUUAAUCACGCUUAAACUAUUCUAGUUUAAGUUUUUUCCUUUCCCCUACAUGGUCUUCUCCGUAAAAUGUGAUGGUCUGUGGAAUUAUAUCAGAGCAUCAGUUUUUUUACCUGUUUGAAUGAAAAAUCUCAACUUCUUAA